ACAGCUGCUCAUUUUGGCCAGUGUGGCAAAGAAGCGCGCAGACAAAGUGGUAGUUUUCGUUUUUCGUGACAAAACAAUUCAGCCAACGUUUGCAAAAUUUUAACCGAACAUUAAAUAAAAACAGCUGCAAAAUUGAGGAGAACGGCGUUACCCAGAACCUAACCAUGUCACUGCUUAACAACGAUGACAGCAUACUGGCCAUAGACGAAGAUCCGCAGGUUGUCAUCCAGGAGGAUGAGCCCUCGACGGCCCCACACAUGCCCAGUGGCCAGUCCAUGGAUUCGUUGCGCUCGUCGUUCACUAACCGAAGCUCAACGCCAGAUUCUUCCCAGCAUUCGCUGGACACGCUGGAGAUGGCGCAGGAUGAUCGCGAGGAGAAGGCACGCCUGAUCACCCAGGUGCUGGAGCUGCAGAACACCCUGGACGAUCUGUCCCAGCGUGUGGACUCUGUGAAGGAGGAGAAUCUCAAAUUGCGCUCCGAGAACCAGGUUCUGGGCCAGUACAUCGAGAAUCUGAUGUCCGCCUCGUCGGUGUUCCAAUCGACCAGCCCCAGUGCGGCGAAAAAGAAGUAGAAAAUAGUUUCUACCCAAAUACCGGAAGGAAGCCUGUACCUCUCAAAUAUGCCUUGUCGUUCAUUCUAUUGCGAAAACAUACUCGUGUAAACCUAUAUUUUAUAAUUGUAACCUAGCCUAGUCUAAUGCUGCAAUGUUUUUUGAGUUGCUAACUUUUCGAAUUUGUGCACAACACCAUUGUCUUUGUUUAGCGUUUAAGCUUUAUCUUAGCUGGCUAUGUAUAUUAUACAUACAACGUAUUUAUUUUAUAUAGUUAAUAAAUAAAUCAAUAUAUCAAUAUCAACCCUGCGCGGCCAACAGCUGUUCGUGCCUCAAACAACAAAUAUACAGCAGCACGAGAGCAGAGCAGAGGAGAAGCUAUUUUCGUAUUACAAAACGUAGAAAGCGUGUACAAGUUGUAAACCCUGUGCUCGAAUGAUCAAAAAAACCUGUCAAAUGGCAAGAUAAGACACUCGUAAAAACCCCCAGUGCGACAGUGCGUCUACGGCUGUUUUGAAAAAAAGUGAUUGCGAAAUACGCUGCGUGGGAAAGAAAGGAAAGGUGUAAUAGCAGUGCAGUGGAGGGAGUCGUCGUGUAAUAUUAGGAGACGUCAUCUCAUAUCG